AUUAAUUUUUCUUUCGCAAUUAUUCGAAUAAGUUGAAAAUAAAAUGUGGUAUGAAAUUUUACCAUCAUAUGCCAUCAUGACCGUUGCCAUGGCGAUUCCUGGAUACGCAAUGUACUUCAUGAACAAAGCCGUUCUCGGAAACCCGUACAAAAGAGAAAUGCGCUAUCGAUGGGACCGCCACUUGUACAUGAGGGACGGUCGGCUGACGGAUGGUCGGCCUUACGAAGCACCUGGACUUGAAGCUAUUCCUGAUUAAUCGAAAGCUGCUAAUGUGCUCACUCAAUGAUGUAGAGAUUGAAUAUGGAAACAGCUGUACCAUAUAUGUACCAAUAAUUUAUAACAAUAAAAUUCCUGUUACAAUCUA